GCGGCCAUAUAGGAGAGUUCGCAGUGACGUCACCAAUAGGUCACGUGAUAUAUUGGUUGGCAAAAAAUGGUUGGCUUGGGCCGUUCGCCAUUUACAACUACUCCGUAAUAUCCAUAAUAGCAAUGGUUGUAUUGUGUUGUGUGAUCGGCUGUACCAAUAGGUUCGACAAGAAAGAUCCAAAGAGCUUCUACCGUAUUCCAAAGAAACCCGUAUCACGCAGAAAGCUUUGGAUUUCCGCAAUAAAACGUGACAAUUGGGAGCCUACUGACAACGAUCGUGUUUGCUUUCGUCACUUCAUAACUGGUACCAAAAGCCAUGACGACACUAGUCCAGACUUCACACCAUCAGUCCAUAUGGGAUAUCAGGAAAGUAGCUCAAAAGGUGAGCUGCGCUUUGCUCGUUACCAGAGACAAGGGCAGAGAGAACAUCAAAAGCAGAAGACAGCUGCAGCAUCAGCACUUUUAGACCUUUCUAACAUUGAGAACUUCAAUAUAUCCCCGUCUACACUGACGCCAGAAGUUGGGCCAGAUCCUGAGAUAAACCGGCAUGACAACUGUAUUAAAAAGAUUGCAGCCUUGACGCUUGAAAACCAGCAACUUUAUACAGAACUUGGCAGACUUCAAGCUGACAAUACUCGACUAGCAGCAGAACUGAAAGAAAUUGGAAGUUUUGAACAGCAAGUCACCUCGACUGAUCGCAAAUUACUUUUUACACUGGUUUGCAAUCAACAGCUCUUUUCAUGUGGCUAUUGUCAUUCUGCUCGUGUGCGUUGCCUGCAUGUAAAGUUAUGUCGCCCGGUAGUAUUUUGCUCUGCCUUCUAAUGAGACUUCGACUCAACUUGCAUCAUCAAGAUUUAGCGUAUCGUUUCAGCGUGUCAAAAACAACUAUUUCAGACAUUCUCAACCAAGGUCUUCCAAAGUUAGCAGAGAAAUUAGCGUUCCUGAUUCAAUGGCCUGGAAAAGACUGUUUACUUAGCAACAUGCCAACCAUAUUUAAACAAUCAUAUCCUAAAUGUAUAAGUAUC